AUGAAUAUGGCCUCCCAAUUCGAAACGAUUGCCAAACUUCGUUCGGUAACGUCGAGCCCCUUCCCUCCCGAAUCAGAUGCUUUCCGCGGCCGCAAGAGGCACCGCAGCCUCACGAGAUGUGACCUAGAAGCCAGGCACUACAGCGGAACGGGCGAGUCCAGCACGCUCCGGGGUCGACCCCGUCGUCGAUCCACCUCGCCGACGCCGGUAUCAUCCAGAGCGUCUUCGCGAGCCGGAGCCGGAGCCGCCCGCGGCGGCGGCAUGACGAGUACGACGGACGUAUCUCCCAUGAGGAAGCGUCUCCUCCGCGUCGUGCUGCUGGAGCGCCGACGAAGCCAGAGCCCCUCUCGGUCUAGGUCGCCUGACCGCAAGCAGGCCCCACCCCGACGCCGACACAGGACUCGGAGCCGGAGCCGAACGCAUCUUACCAAGGACAUGUUCCAGCCGAAGGAUCAGCUGCCUCGGCUUUUACUUGGAGAGCAGGCACAUAAGAAGGUGGAUACAUCGGUUCAAGCCUGA